CCUAAGGUUGUCGAAACAUCAGUCAACAACAACAACAGUCCUUAGGAUUCUACUAACUUGUACGAUCUACAUCUACAAACAUUUAACGAUACUCCUGUGUUCAAAAUAUUCACUGUAUGUAAAAAUGUAUUGUUGAUACAAGUGUAACAUUUCGUGAAUAUGAUGACAUUGGGAUGAUUAGCUAUAAUUGUUGUUAUCAUGGUUGCUAGAUUAUGUGAUAAAAUCUCGGUUUUCUAACCAAACUCAUUAGACAUCAUUAUAGAGCUUCUACAAAAAAUUCCGUCACUUUGUUGUGAAGGCAGCACUAUGUAUUGCAGACAAAUGGCACGGAUAUUAUGGACUGGGAUUUUUCUUACAGUUUGUGCAGCCUUCAGGAGUCGAAUUUUCAGUGAAGAUACAAAGACGACUGUUGGCUCCAAUGUUACAUUUCCAUGUGUGUUUAACACCACCAACAGUCUGCUGGCUAGUCUAAAGUUUGCUUCUAACAUAUCGGCUGAGUGGAUACCAAUUGCUCUAUUCCAACAAAACACAGGGCUAAAAUUGUAUGAAUACCAAGAUGCCCAUGCAAGAUACAUCAACAUUGAUGGCAUAUCAAAAUUUGUAUUGGUGAACGCUCAAGCAAGGGAUAGCGGAAUUUAUCGAUGUAUGAGUUACGACUAUCGAAUGGAAGAGACAAUACACGAUGUUUAUUUGCAAGUUGGAGUGGCUCCUGUCAUCGAACCUUUAAAAGACAAGAGAAUACUAGAAGGCAAAAAUGUUGAGAUUGAGUGCCAGGCGAAAGGUAUUCCACAUCCCAAUGUAGUCUGGUUUCGCACAAGCAACUCACAAGUCGUAAAUAUUGGUCCUAUUUUGAAGAUAGAAAAAAUUAAAAUGUCGCAGUCAGGCAAAUAUCAAUGCAGAGCGACUAAUGAUUUAGGAAAAGCUCCCCCGAAGUCGAUGAACAUAAUAGUUUAUGAGAUGGCACGAGUAAGAGAGUUUUAUAAUGUUGGGGCAUUGGACGGCGAGGUUUUCAAAUGUGAAGAGGUUAUUCUGCUCUGUGAAGUAGAUUGGAAAUACUCGGGAACUGUGAAGAAAUUAUCUUUCUAUCACAACGACAAAAUAAUGGCAACUGAUACGAAUGGUGAUCUAUUAAAAAUAAAGAGUAUUAGAGAGGAGAAUUCUGGGAUAUACACUUGUGUACCUGAGACGAUUUAUGGCCGAGGACAAAAUAAAACGCUGACGCUCAAAGUGAAAACCGGUCCAACCAUCUGCAUCUCUCCAACCGUGACGUCAUCUCCAUUUCUUCCUCUCCCUGCAUCUUCUACAGCAAAACCAAUUAAGUCUGUUGGAUCUUCAAAGUUUGCACGGAGUGGCUCGUUCUUGAAUCGGUGCAGCUUGUGGCUUUUCAUUUUCCUUUUUUGUUUUAGUUGUUUGAGCACAUAGUAAGACCUGCACAACUCCUAAAUGCUUUGUACUUAGUUUCUUCAUUUAUCAUUUAUUACACUACACUAAAAGUGCAAAUUGUCCAAGUAAACUAAAAAACAAGUUCAUAUAAGUUAAAUUUAACACAUGAAUAAAGCUUCCUCGCAAACAAUAAAAGAAUGUAUUUCUGCUUGUAAAUAUCUUGAAAAGCGUGUUAGUAUGGGGCUGAGUUGACAACUAAAAACUCCUCUGCUUUUAAUUACAUGUAUCUACUGGUAACUGACUUGAUAUACUGUUAAUUAACCAAUAAAUACAUAUUAAACAAUUAAUAAAUAUAACCAAGUUGUUUGAAAAA